AUGGCUUCUUCUUCUUCAAGUCAAUUGAAAUAUCAAGUUUUCUUGAGCUUCAGAGGUGAAGACACACGCCUUAACUUCACCAGCCAUCUCCUCAAAGCUCUAAAAGACACCGGAAUGAAUGUCUUCUUCGAUGAAGAAAAACUAGAAAAAGGGGAGCAGCUUGCACAAGCACUUUCCCAAGCAAUUGCAGCCUCAAAUCUCUCAAUAGUCAUCUUGUCUGUCGACUAUGCUUCUUCAAAAUCAUGCUUAGCCGAACUUUCUGACAUCAUGGGGCGCAAAAACACUCAACAGCAUACUGUUCUGCCCAUCUUUUACCAUGUUGAUCCUUCCCAUGUCCGAAACAUUUGUGGGAGUUUUAAGGCAUCCUUUGAAGAGCAUGAAUCAAAUAGGCCACUUGAUGAAGCGAAGCGAUGGAAAGCUGCUUUCGUUGAAAUCGGCAAAUUAAAAGGGUGGCAUAUACAAGGCGGUAAAUUCGAUAGAUCUGAGACUGAAUACAUUAAAGAUGUAGUUCAGUAUAUCAUAAAAAAGUUGAAUAGCAAGUCUAGAAGAGUUUCUGAAGAAUUAGUUGGAAUAGAUGAUCAGAAAAAAACAAUCUUGCAAUUGAUCGAGCAAGAAGAUAGUCGAAUAAUAGGACUUUGGGGAAUGGGUGGUAUAGGUAAGACUACCCUUGCUGAAACUGUCUAUAAUGAAAUCUCUCCAACGUUUCAAGCUCGUUACUUUCUUCAAGAUGUUAGAGAGAAAAUAGAAAAACAGGGGAAGGAAUCUUUACGAAAUGAACUUCUUUCCAAACUAUUGAACUCGAGAACUUGUGUAGACACCCCCUCCAUAGGAUCCACUUUAACCCAACAGAGGCUACAUAAUAUAAAAGUAAUUGUUGUCCUUGACGAUGUUAAUGACUCGGACCAAAUAGAUCUUAUGGGUGUUAAACAUUUUGGUGAUGGAAGUAAAAUCAUUGUAACAUCCAGAGAUAGACAAGUGCUUAAGAAUGGAGGAGUUGACACAAUACAUGAGGUAAAGCAGUUAAAUGAGAAUGACUCUCUUCAACUCUUUUCUACGUUUUCAUUUAAGUUGUUGAAUCCCGCUCCUAAUUUUCAAGAUCUAUCGAACGAGUUUUUGGAGUACGCCCAAGGCAGCCCACUUGCUCUUAAAGUUCUGGGUUCUAAACUAUAUACAAAGUCUAGAAAAGAGUGGAAAGUGAGGCGAACAAGCUCAAGGAAUAUGCACAACCAAAGAUCUCAAAGAUUUUGA